ACUGCUACCAAAUUUAUGUGCUUGGAAGGAGGCUGCGGCGUUUGCCUAGUGGCUGUUAAAGGAAAACAUCCAGUUACUGGAGACAUCCAAACAUGGGCCGUAAACUCCUGCCUUACUCUACUGAAUACCUGCAACGGACUAGAAAUUAUAACCUGUGAGGGCAUUGGCAACAAAGGCGAUGGCUACCAUCCGAUACAGAAGCGUUUGGCCAAUAUGAAUGGAACGCAGUGUGGCUUCUGCACGCCGGGUUUCGUUAUGAAUAUGUACAGUCUAUUGGAGGCGAAAAAUGGCGAACUCACCAUGGAUGAAAUCGAGAAUUCUUUUGGGGGCAAUAUUUGCCGUUGUACUGGUUACAGGCCAAUAUUGUAUGCAAUGAAAUCGUUUGCAUGUGACAAUACAGGUGGCACACAGGAAGAAUGUUUGGAGGAUAUUGAGGACUUAGUGGGCGGGAAAUGUCAUAAGGACGGUGAUAUAUGUGGCAGCAUGUGCCCAUACCCGUUGCAAACACUCAUCUAUGAUGACGGAAGUCAAUGGUACUGGCCUAAAACUCUCCGGGAAUUAGUGGAUAUUCUAUGUACGAUGGACUCGACCUCAGAAUAUAUGCUGGUUUCAGGAAAUACUGCACAUGGGGUCUAUCGCAGGGAAGAAUCCUUGAAACACUUCAUUGACAUCAACACUGUGGUCGAUUUGAAGAAAUACCAAGUGACUAAGGAGAAGUUGACCUUGGGUGCUAACCUAAGUCUAAGCGAAACUAUGGACAUUUUCAAGAAAGUCUCGAAGGCUGUAGGGUUUGAGUAUUGCGAACAACUUUGGAAGCAUUUCGAUUUACUUGCAAAUGUUCCUGUCCGAAAUAGCGGAACUUUGGCAGGAAAUAUUUCUAUUAAAAAACAGCACAUGGAAUUUCCUUCAGACAUUUUCUUAACGUUUAACGCUUUGAAUGCGCACGUGAAUGUGGUCAAUACGGCUGGAAAACAGGAGACGUUGUCAAUUUACAAUUAUGUCUACAACUAUGAUGCACCAAAAACGAUAAUUGUUAGCUUCGAAUUGCCAGCGUUUCCCAUCGAAAGGUUUAUCUUCAGAUCCUAUAAAAUAAUGCCACGAGCACAGAAUGCUCAUGCCUAUGUUAACGCAGCCUUCUUACUGGAGCUCGAACCGAAUCGGACAAAUAAGAUUGUCAACUCGCGUAUAUGUUUUGGAGGCAUCAGUCCCAAUUUCGUCCACGCGUCUACCAUAGAAGGCAUCUUAAGGGGACAAUGUUUCUACGACAAGACAGUAGUCCAACAAAUAUUUUCCGAAAUGCCGACAACCAUACAGCCAAAUGAAGUUCUUACUGAAGCAUCUCCAAAAUAUCGUCGUAAAUUAGCUUCUGGUAUUUUGUUGAAAUUUCUUCUGGAGACUGCCCCCGCAGAACGAGUAAAACCAGAAUUCCGAAGCGGUGGUGCCAUGUUGAGGAGAGAGCUCUCUUCAGGUGUUCAAAUAUUUGAUACCAAUAAAAAAUUCUACCCAGUCACAAAAGCUGUCAAGAAAAUAGAAGGUUUAAUACAAUGUUCGGGCGAAGCGACAUACAUGAACGACAUCCUUACCUCUAAUAGAACCGUUUAUUGCAGCUUUGUAAGUGCCACAAAGGUAGGCUGCAACAUUGAACACAUUGACGCAUCGAUGGCUUUGAAAGUCCCAGGAGUUGUAGCAUUUUACUCGGCAAAAGAUAUACCAGGAAUAAAUUCAUUCGUAGAUCAAGCUUUCAAGUACGAACCAGAGGAAAUAUUUUGUUCCGGCUUGGUCAAGUACUACGACCAACCAUUGGGAAUGAUAGUGGCCCUGGACCCCCUUAUUGCCAAUCUUGCAUCCAAUAAAGUUAAGAUCCUUUAUUCGAAAAAUAUAAAUGUAGUACUGCCAACACUUCAAGAUGUCUUAUAUAAUAAGUGCUCAGAUCGAAUCAAAGUCCUUCGGCCGUCACCACUGAAGGAUAUAAUGUUGGUGGACACAGCAGAUAUUUGCGGCAGAGGCAUUUUUGAGAUAGGAUUGCAAUAUCACUUUACGAUGGAACCGCAGACGUGCGUGGUAAUGCCGGUUGAGCGAGGUCUACAGGUUUUGUCCGCAACUCAUUGGAUGGACCACACUCAGGCGGUGAUAGCCAAAAUGCUUGGUAUAACGGCAGCUGAAGUACAAUUGAAUGUACGACGUCUGGGAGGUUCGUAUGGCUGCAAAAUAACCAGGGGAAACGCUGUGGCUUGUGCUGCCGCCCUAGCCGCUUUUAAACUCAACCGGCCCGCUCGUUUUGUGCAAACCAUUGAAUCUAUGAUGAAUUGCAAUGGGAAGCGAUGGGGCUGUCGUUCUGAUUAUGAAUUUCAUAUAAAAUCAAAUGGCAAAAUUGUCGGCUUAAAGAAUACAUUCUACGAGGAUGCAGGUUGCACGCUAAACGAAAAUCCGGUCACUUUAUUUACCACACCACCGGCAAAAAACUGUUAUGCAUUUACAACUGACAACUUCAAACUGGAGGGAAAUGCUGUGCUUACAGAUGCCGCUAGCUCAGCCUGGUGUCGUGCGCCAGCUUCCCUCGAAGGUAUAGCCAUGAUUGAAAAUAUCUUGGAACAUAUUGCCUUCGAAGCCAAUAUUGAUCCCGCUGAUGCCCGUAUGAUCAACAUCGAAGAAGAUAACAAAAUGAGAGAACUUCUACCAAAUUUUUUAACGUCCACCGAGUAUAGAGAGAGACGCAAAGAGAUUGACGAUUUCAAUGCAGGGAAUCGUUGGCUAAAACGAGGAAUUGGAAUGGCCAUUAUGGAUUAUUCCUUGGAGUACACAGGUCAACACAGUGCAACAGUUUCUAUUUAUCACAUCGACGGUUCGGUCGUUAUUUCUCAUGGAGGCAUAGAGAUGGGUCAAGGUUUAAAUACAAAAGUAGCUCAAGUGGCUGCUUACGUGUUGGGAGUGACUAUGGAUUUGAUUCAAAUCGAAUCUAGUGACACUAUUAAUGGAGCCAAUUCAGAUGUUACGGCUUCCUCCAUGGGCAGUGAGAGUCUAUGCUUUGCAGUUCGCAGUGCUUGCAAUAAACUCAAAGAUCGCCUGAAGCCCGUAAAGGAUUCAUUAAAACCGGAUGCAACAUGGAAAGAAGUUGUUAGUGAAGCGUGGCAUCGUUCCAUUAAUAUGAUUGUUAGUGACCACUACAAACAGGGUGAUAUGAUUAAUUACCAUAUUUACGGCUUAGCUUUGACCGAAGUAGAAGUAGACAUUUUAACCGGUAACAACCUGAUCAAACGCGUGGAUAUUCUAGAGGAUGCCGGCGAAAGUCUAAGUCCGUACGUCGACAUUGGGCAAAUUGAGGGGGCCUUUGUUAUGGGCUUGGGUUAUUGGUUAACCGAGCAAUUAAUUUACGACCGUUCAACUGGCCAGCUUCUUACCAAUCGAACAUGGAACUAUAAACCACCUGGCGCCAAAGACAUUCCCAUUGACUUUCGUAUCGAAUUAUUAAAAGGUUCUGCGAACAAGGGGGGAUUUAUGCGCUCCAAGGCCACUGGAGAACCACCCAGUUGUCUAGCGGUAAGCGUUAUUUUUGCUCUGAGGCAUGCUGUACAGUCGGCACGCAUCGAUGCUGGACUAAAAAAGGAAUGGUUGCGUCUGGGGGCCCCAACUACACCGGAAACAAUUCUUUUGAGUGCGGGCCAUGAAGAGUCGUCCUACUCAUUGGAAUAA